GCACAACACUUCUCUUGUUCUUGCCUCUCCUUCCGACAAUGGCUACUUUCCUCACACCUCUUGUUUCAUUCAAACCUACAGUCUUCUCAUUCCCGUCCCAAUCCGUGACCUCUCCACAAACACAAACCAAUGUACUCUCACUCAAACCGUUUCCUUCUCUCGCGGGAGCACAGAGCUCCAGGGUGAGAUUCAUUCCCCACGCGGUGGAGACUGAAGAAAAACCCGCUUCAGACCCUAACGCAGAGUCCUCAAGGCGUGUCUACAUCGGAAACAUACCCAGAACUGUGGAUAACGAACAGCUCUCAAAACUCGUCGAAGAACACGGCGCCGCUGAAAAUGUUCAGGUGAUGUAUGAUAAGUAUUCAGGAAGAAGCCGUAGGUUUGGAUUCGCUACAAUGAAAUCAGUUGAAGAUGCCAAUGCUGUGAUUGACAAGUUAAAUGGCACUACCAUUGAAGGACGUGAGGUGAAGGUUAACAUCACAGAGAAACCUAUAGCGUCAUCAUCGUCUCCUGAUUUGUCACUGCUUCAGUCUGAAGAUUCGGCGUUUGUAGAUAGUCCUUACAAAGUGUAUGUAGGGAAUCUAGCAAAGACUGUUACCAAAGAGAUGCUUGAGAAUUUGUUUUCUGAGAAAGGGAAAGUAGUCAGCGCCAAGGUUUCGAGAGUACCUGCAACUUCGAAAUCCACUGGGUUUGGGUUUGUCACGUUUUCUUCUGAAGAGGAUGUUGAAGCUGCCAUUGUGGCUCUUAACAACUCUCUGUUGGAAGGGCAGAAGAUUCGGGUGAAUAAGGCAUAGUGCGAGUUUGAUGACUAGCCUGUUGGCAUUAUAAGAAGGUGGAAAGAAUCAGAUUUUGUAAUGCAAAACAUUUUAGAGCUUAGUAUCAUCAUCUUUGUAUCCAUUCUAAGUUGAAAAAAAUGAAAGCAUUAAGUUUAUAUCUCACUGAUCAUUUAUAUGCAGCAUAGAUAAAAUUAUUAGUUGUGAGAAAAGAUCCAAUUAUUUAAAAUGACCAGCCCCAAGCAGCUUCACAUUGGUCAAAAUGUAACUGUAAAAAACAAAUAUUUAAAAGUCUGUAAUAUUAUUGUUCUUGAACGUUGUA